CGCGCGCGCGCCCACCGCCCGCUCCCGCCCCCUGGCGGCGGCGCCGUCUGACGUGGCGCUUCCGGCGCGCGGGCGGCGGCGGCGGGAGGCGGUCGGGGAUGGGCUGACACUGCCCGGGCUGGGCACCGAGGGGCUGUGGGACCCCCUGGGACCCUCCGCCAGCCCCGGCGAGGGGAGCGCGGCCCCGGCACCGCUCGGGAGCGAGAAGGAACGGCCUGCGGUGAGGAACUCCCGUCCCUCGGGAUCUCCGGGUAGCGGGAGCAGCGCCGGGAUCUGUUGGAAGGUGACCGCGGAGUGGUCCCUGCUGCCACCCCGGGGGUCCCCGCUGGCAUCCACGCCGGGCACGAGGGGGUUGCGGAAGGAAUAAAGACCCCAGGCUGAGCGGGGGGAUCCCGGAGAUGGAGCCCCCCGCCGCCCCCCUCAUCCCGGGGGUGGGGGACGAGGUGACGCUGGUGGCCGGGCUGGCGGUGCUGGCGCUGGCGCUGGUACUGGCCUGGCUCUCCACGUACGUGGCCGAUGGCACCAGCCAGGCCCUGGGCACGGGGGACGCCGCUGUCAUCCGCCUCGGGCCCCUCCCGCCCUACGGGGGGGCCGCGGGGGCGGCAGAAGCCCCGGAGCCCCCCGGGGUCCCCGAGAACACGGAGGAGAAAACUGAGGAGGAAGGAGGGGCGGCGGCGCAGGGGGACAGCGGCACCACCCCCGACCCCGGCCUGGAGCAGCUGCUGGAUGUCCAGAGCUUGUCCCAAGGGAUGGCUGAGCCCCGCGCCCCUGGGGAGGGGGAUCUGUGCCCCGGACUCAUCAAGAUCCGCCUCAAGUUCCUCAACGACACCGAGGAGGUGGCGAUGGCCCGGCCCGAGGACACCGUGGGGGUCCUCAAGAGCAAAUACUUUGCGGGCCAGGAGAGCCAGAUGAAGCUCAUCUACCGCGGGCAGCUGCUGCAGGACCAGGCGCGGACACUGCGCUCGCUCCGCAUCACGGACAACUGUGUCAUCCACUGCCACCGCUGCCGGGGAGCCACCACGGCCACCCCCGCCCUGCCCGACCCUGUCCCCGCCGGCCCCGCGGCCCCGGGGCUGCCCCUGGGCGGGGGGACCCUCAUGGUCCCCACGGUCAUGGUGGUGCUGGCGCUCGGGUGGUAUUUCCGUGUCAACUACCGGCAGCUCUUCACCACCCCGGCCACCGUGUCCCUCAUCGGGGUCACUGUCCUGGUCACCUUCCUGGCCUUCGGGGUGUAUGGACAGUCAGGAUGAGGCAGGAAGGAGCUGGGGAGGCACCCCAGUGUCCCUGUCCCCACUGUCCCUGUCCCAUUACAGUGACCAGAGCCAGCACGGCAGGGGCUGUUUGGCCCAGUCUCGCUGCCAGAUUUUAUCCCCCCAAAAAGGGGCUGUGCCCCCCCCCACACCUCAGAACUCCAUUCGUCCCAUUCCCAAUCCCAGCUCUGGGGGAGUGGGACAGCACUGGAAUGGGCCGUGGCUUCUUCCCAAGGUCUUUUUAAAGCAAAUAAAGGGUGUUAAGUCACCCCAGCACUCACCUUCCCA